CCGGUUCUGGUGACGCUUUGCGAGAUCUGUGGACAACUUGAUACACCUUGCAGGAGGACCAGAGAGGUGCUGCAGACCGCACGCGAUGGACUCAGACGUUCAGGAAGAAAUCCCUGUGUGUGAGGAAUUCUUUUUCUGUGGUGGAGUUGAAACCCAGAUUAUAAAAUGUGGGCCCUGGACUAACCUCUUUGAUGAACAGAGUGUCACCAAGCCAAAACUGCUUAUCUUCGUUAUUCCAGGUAACCCAGGCUUUUCCCCCUUUUACCUGCCAUUUGCGAAGAGCUUGUACUCUCUGACGAAAGGCCGCUUCCCGGUGUGGAUGAUCUCUCAUGCUGGGUUUGCCUUGGCUCCCAAAGAUAAGAAGAUUCUAGCAGCACCAGAGGAGUCAAAUGCUCAAGAAAUUGAGGACAUUUAUGGUCUGAAUGGUCAAAUACAGCACAAAAUAGCUUUUCUGAGAGCUCACGUGCCCAAGGAUGUGAAGCUGAUCCUCAUUGGCCACUCCAUAGGCAGCUAUAUUGUUCUUCGGGUCAUGAAGGAUGCCCCUGAGCUGCCUGUCGUCCACUCCUUUCUGCUGUUUCCCACUAUUGAGCGGAUGGCCGAGACGCCCAAUGGCAGAAUUGCCACCCCACUUCUGUGCUGGUUUCGAUAUGCGCUCUAUGCUACCGGCUACUUAGUACUUAAACCAUGUCCAGAAAUGAUAAAGUCCUUCCUAAUCAAAAAAGCCCUUGAAAAACUGAGCUUCACCUGUGAAAUUCCUUUGGAGAACCUUCUUCAACCAUUCUGCCUGGCGAAUGCUGCCUACCUUGGAAGCCAAGAAAUGAUACAAGUGAGAAAGAGAGAUGAUGAAGCCAUUAAGGAACUUUUACCUAAGCUGACGUUUUACUACGGUAAAACAGAUGGCUGGUGUCCAGUGAAGUACUAUGAAGACAUGAAGAAAGACUUCCCAGGCGGGGAUAUCCGACUCUGUGAGAAAGGAAUAUCUCAUGCUUUUGUCCUCGGUUUUAGCCAGGAGGUGGCUGCCAUAGUUGCUGACUGGAUGAAUAAUAAACUGCCCCAAAUAUAAACACUGGCUCAGGGAAAACGCACCUACAUUCAAUACACAGAAGCCAUAGGUGUGCCCUGCUUAGCGGUAAUGUUUAAUCUAAAUGCUUGAAAAGGACACUGAGACCCUCGGCUGCAGACGACAGUGCUCAGCUCCCUGUGCUAAGACUAAAGUGAGCACAGCUGAUGACUCAUUCCACAGGUUCCCCGACUCAGGAGACACGGUGACCUCCACAAGGAUUCCUCUCUUCACAAGAAGCCCAACAGCACUGCCCAGCGCAGUUUGCCACACACAAUUCUACAAGCUGAAGAGAAUCUAAAUAUCGGGGAUUCUGACCAAAUUAUCACUUUAGAAUAGAUUGUUCUGAAUGAAAUUAUGAAGCACUUCCUAGAAAAUAGAAACCACCCAUGACCGUGAAGUGGGCAGUCAGUCAUGUGAAAUGAGUAAACCGGAGACAAGCUCACCCUCCCCGUCCAGUUGCAGGAAGGAAUGAGCAGACGACGCUGGCAGUGAACUUGGGUUUCCCUUCAAGUACUGGGGAAAAUCAGUUCUGACUUUGUACAGGUCUUGGCUGAGGUUAUCAGCAUGUCUUCCUGAUCCUCCCCCAGUGAACCAAGAAUCAAGGUUGCCUGACAUUGACCAACUCACUAGACGGUUGCUGAAGGAUCCUGACUCUGACCUGCUAUAGGAUGGCCAACAUUUUCUUCCUGAGCCCUAAAUUCCCAAGUCCCUGCAGCUUCCUCUAGAGCCAGAAGGGAGGGAUGGACUGUCCACGUCAGAUUUGUAUGGCCAUGGAGUAGCUCAUCCAUGUGGUUUUUCCAAUGAAGCGCCAUGGACAGGAGGCGGUGAACCGCUGAUGCUAUCCGUGGUGGCUUUUGCUAUCCUAUGACUCUUCCUUUCUGAAAAUCUCUGAGAAUAUAAUUUUUGGAAAUGUGUUUCAAAUUGUUGAGUAAAACAUUAACAAAUUAAUUCCCCAUUUGCUUAAACUUUACUGACUGGAAAGACAUCACUUUAUGAAUGAACAGAAAUAAUCCAUUAAAUUUCGUAUGACUUCACCUGUGGAAGCAUAUUCCUGCCUGAGAAGUGGAGGGACAGCUAUGCUGCCUCCCUUAAUUGACUCAGUCCUAAGCUCUCAGAGUCCAGGGAACUCCACUGUCUGCAGUGGCAGUGACAGUGGACGCACAGUUGGAAACAUUCCAUUUUCUUCUAGAGAAGUGUUCUUGUGGCACUAUCAUUCCUCGGGCAGUGAGGCGGUCCUUCCUCUCACAAACAUGGAUUCUGAGGACAGCUUUGCUUCUUAAGUGCCGCCAGCUCUGUGGUGAGGGAUGGCUGAAUUCUCAUCCUUUGCAUGGCUGCUGCAUUGGAGCUGCAGCUUCUCAGAGGGGAAAAGCCAAACUCCAGACAAGGAGGGCUCUUAGUCCAUGAAGAAGUCCAGUAGCUGCACAGCGAGGGUUGGUGCUACACACAAAUUCUGCAUCUGCACGCGGAGGCCUUCUGGAGAGCUGGCCUGAGAGCCAGGCUUCCUGCUCUGAGUGCCUUGCUUAUAGGAUGGGCCACUCAGUGCUGGAAAUGAAUGCGUGGACACAAGUGCUGGCAGAUCAGACUCACGGGAACAAAACAAUCUUCAUAGAUUCCUUUCAGAAAUUAAAUCACUCUGUUUCCAAACUCCACUUAAAAGACUCUGGUGCCUCAUUCCUAUUCUUCAUCUAAACACCUAAUGAUAUUUAUAAGAAGUGUUUUCCUGCAGUUACUGCUGUGUCUGGUCUGAUCUCUGUGUACUAUGAGCAAGGAUAUAAUGUAAGCAGUUGGCCUAAGCUAGACUCACUGUUAGAGGGAAACAGUUCUUUGUCGUUUCACUCCUGAAAGAGGGAAGAACCAAGCUUCGGGAUACUGAAUCCUUAAGAAUUACAGAGGGGCUGGGAAGAUGGCUCAGUGGUUAAGAGCACUAACUGCUCUUCCAGAGGACCAGGAACCCAUAGACCAAUUCCUACCACCCCCAUGUCUGCUCAUCACGGUCUGCACCUCCUAUCUCAGAGGAUCUGACACCCUCCUCUAGCCUCCAUGAGCCACCAGGUAUGUACUUGGAGACCAUCUUGAACUACAUGGCAAGCACUGUUUCAAAGACAGAAGGAGGAAGAGGAAGAGGAGAGCGCAGAAGAACAAAUUUUUUAGCUAGUGAAUGAGAUCUGUUUCCUGGUAGCUGUGCCUGGGUGUUCCACAUAGCCACAUGGCAGUCACUAUUGUCUUCACAGUGCUUCUUAUAAAACUGUCUAGUGCUGUGUGAAAAGCUUUACUUGGAAACUUGAUCAAUGCCCAUGGUGACUCCUCACGUCACGAAAGAAAGCAGCUCAUGUUGGCUCGUGUCUGGGUUUUUUUCCAACCCUUGGACAGCCAGGCUUGUUCUUUGUCUUGAUUUUUCCCUCCUACUUAUAUUAAAUCUGUAACAAUUCCGACUAAAGGAGUGUGACCAACUGUCAUGACCCCUGACUCUAGAUUGAAAUUUUUUACUAUAAAAUAAAUUUGGGGACAAUUGGAUGGUGUCUAAAGAUGGUAGUGUUAAUUUUUUUUUUUACUUCAGUAAUUUUACUAAAGAGAAAAAUUACUUAGAAAAAUGCUUGUUAUGCUGUUACAUAUUGUGUUAGGUUUUCUAUUGCUGUGAAGAGAUACCAUGGCCACAGCAGCUUGAAAGAAAACAUUUAAUUGUGGUGGUUUGCUUACAGUUCAGAGGAUCAGUCUGUUAUCAUCCUGUUGGGACAUGGCACUGUGCAGGCAGACAUGGUGCCGGAGAAGUUGUUGAGAGUCCUACACUUGCAGGCAGCAGGCGUGCAUUGUAAGACACUGAGCAGUGUCUUGAGCAUGUAGGAGACCUCAGUACCACCUGCAUAAUGACACACUUCCUCCAAUAAGACCAUACCUAUCCACCAAGGCCAUCCUUCCCAAUAGUGGGACUUCAUUUGGAGGUCAUUUUCUUUCAGAUACCGCUUUCAACUCCCUGGCUUCCAAACGCUUGUAGCCACAUUAUGAUGUGAAACUGCAUCCAGUCCAACUUCAGAAGUCCUCAUAGUCUAUAACAGUCUUAAACUUAUUUAAAAUCUAAAGUUCGAAGUCUCUUCUGAAAUUCAUGUAAUCUCUUAACUAUAAUCCUCUGUAAAAUCAAAAUAAAAAGGCAGAUCUCGUACUUCCAACAUAUAAUGGCACAGGAUAUACAUUACCAUUCCUAAUGACCAUACAGAAGGGAGCAUAGUGAGGAAAUGCUGGACCAAAGCAAGACUGAGAACCAGCUGGGCAAACUCCAAACUCUGCAACUCCAUCUCUGAUAAGAAAAUGCUCUUCAGAUCUCCAAGUCCUUUCAGCUCCAUUGACUGCAACGUUCUUGUCCUGGUUCUGCUCUACUACCAGGUCUCCUCAGCAGGCAUUCCACAGUUCUGGCAUCUCCAGCAUCUUGGGGUCUCCAAGGCAAUCCAGGCUUCAAUUCACACCUUCACACAAUGGCAUCCCUCAGCUCUGUUCAGAGACACCCCUGACACAUGCCUGGCCUCAGCAACUUUUUUUAGUCUCUGGGAAGAAGGUUCUACAAUAUCUUUAUUCUAUCUUUGACCCUAAACAGAGCUGCUAAGUUCUGCUGCUUGCUGGAACUGAAACAUGGCCCCUUCAUUCAGCUACAUCUUCACCAGCUUUCUGUCCUUCACUGCCUAAGCUUGACUAUUCUGGAAUUUUCUUUGUGGAUUAAUGUGGCCUCAGACUCCGAGAUCUGAAAGCCUCUGCCUUUUGAGUGCUGGAAUUAAAGAUGUGUCCCCGCCACACCAGGCUCUAAGCUUUUCUUUAAAUCUCUUUCAGAAGCUGGAAACUUAGCUGGGUGAGAUCUGCCUGCCUUUGCCUUCCUAGUGCUCCGAUUAAAGCUGUAC